AUGAUAGGGUGGGAAGACGUUUACAAGAUGGUGGUGGCGAUGGUUCCCCUCUACGUGGCCCUGGUUCUAGGGUACGGCUCCGUGAGGUGGUGGCGGAUCUUCACCGCCGAGCAGUGCGAUGCCGUCAACCGCCUGGUCUGCUACUUCACGCUGCCGCUAUUCACCUUCGAGUUCACCGCCCACAUCGACCCCUUCCAGAUGAACUACCCCUUCAUCGCCGGCGACGCCAUCUCCAAAGUCAUCAUCGUGGGGAUGAUCGCCAUAUGGGCCAAGUGUAGCGGCAAGGGCAGCUACUGCUGGUCCAUCACGAGCUUCUCUCUCUGCACCUUGACCAACUCUUUGGUAGUCUGGGUCCCCCUCAUGAAGGCCAUGUAUGGCCAACUCGGCGUCGAUCUUGUUGUCCAGUCGUCGGUGGUUCAGGCCAUCGUCUGGCUGACGAUUCUGCUGUUUGUUCUGGAGUUCCUGCGAAGCUCGACUGGGUUAGUCGGGGAAGACAAGGAUUUGGAAGGAGACGGCAACGGUGUGGUCGGAGCCAGACCGUCGUUCUGGUCGCUGAUGAAGGUUGUGGGGCAAAAGCUCGCCAUGAAUCCCAACUCCUACGCUUGCAUUGUGGGAAUCACUUGGGCCUUCUUAUCAAACAGGUGGCAUUUUCAAAUGCCCAGUAUCAUAGAGGGAUCGGUCCCAAACAAAACCUGGCAAUGUCAACUUCUAUAA